CGAGAAGGUUCCUCUAAACAUCUUUCAAAAAAAAAAAGCUUCCUCUUAAUUAACCCUAUAAAUAACAUAUGGUUUAGCCAAGAACACUCAGGAAGCAAACAUGGGUGAUCCGGUUAAGCUCAUCGGCGCUUUCGGCAGCCCAUUCGUGCACCGCGUUGAGGCGGCCCUGCGGCUCAAGGGAGUGGAUUACGAGCUCAUCAACGAGGACCUGGAGAACAAGAGCGAUCUGCUGCUCACCAGCAACCCCGUCCACCACAAGGUCCCCGUCCUCCUCCAUGGCGACCUUGCCAUCUGCGAGUCGCUCGUCAUCGUCGAGUACGUCGACGAGGCGUUCGACGGCGGCCCGUCCCUCCUACCGGCCGACCCCUACGACCGAGCCAUGGCUCGCUUCUGGGCUCAAUUCAUUGACCACAAGUGUGGCAAGCCAUUGCUGCUGGCCUUGUGGUUGGACGGCGGCGAGGAGCAGGAGAGGUUUCUGAAGGAGACGAAGGAGAACCUGUCGCUCCUGGAGGCACAGCUGGAGGGGAAGAGGUUCUUUGCAGGCGACUCCGUCGGCUACCUCGACGUCGCCGCCGGCGGGAUGGCUCACUGGAUCAGCGUGCUGGAGGAGGUGACCGGAGUGAGCGUGAUGGGCGGCGGCGAUGACGAGUACCCUGCUCUGCGCCGGUGGGCCAAGGAGUACACUUCCAUCGACGCCGUGAAGCUGAGCCUCCCCGACAGAGAAGACCUCGUCGCCUUCUACACGAGGAACAAAGACAAGUACAAGAUGAUGUUCAGGGCGUUACUGCAGCAGUGAUUCAUACGUCAUGUUCGAUGAGUUCCAGAGUCGUGUGUUUAAUUUGUGUUUAAAAUAAAAUGGAAUCGUAAUUAUAUAUGAUACAGUAAUAAAGUCUGAAUGUUCGAUCGGA